AUGGCUAUUGCGUGGGCCUUGCGUCCACGGCGGUGGGCGCUCUGGUUGCUGCUGCUGGUCUCCUGCGCCCGAGCGUUCUACAUCCCAGGGUAUUCGAUUAAAAGCUAUCGAGACGAGGAGCCGAUCCCCCUCCUGGUAAACAAGAUCUUCUCCGACCACACCCAGCUGCAAUAUGCCUACUUCGAUCUCCCCUUCGUUUGUCCUCCGAGUGGUGAGAAGCACGGCGGUUCGCCGUUUGGAUCGGGCCAGAGCGUCUCCCUCAAUCUGGGCGAGGUGCUGCGUGGCGACCGGAUCAUGACGUCUGACUUCGAGCUGCUCAUGGGGAAAGACGUGCAGUGUCAGGCCCUGUGUACGCAGGAGGUCGGCCGCCAGGAUGUCAAACGGGCUCGCCAGUUGAUCAAGCAGGGCUACGUGGCCGAAUGGAUCGCGGACAACCUGCCAGGCGCGACCAGUUUCGUCACCGUCGACCGCAGCCGCAAGUACUACGCGACGGGGUUCAAACUGGGCUACCAAGAUUUCUCCCCGGCGGAUGGCAAGCCGCGGUAUUUUAUCAACAACCAUUUCACCAUCGUCAUCCGCUGGCGGAAAGCUCCCGGGAAGGCGGGCGAUGACGGGGGCAAGGCCGUGGUCGGCUUCGAGGUCUACCCCAAGAGCAUCGCCGCGUCGGAACACGAGUCCAAGGGCUGCCCCAAAAACCCACAUGACGAUCACCUGGGCCUGGAGCUGAACCUCCCCUUCGACAUGGCCAAGCUACGCGAGAAGUAUCCGAGCUCUUCAUAUAUUCCGGAGGAAGACGACGAUCUGGACGAUGGAGCCACGCUGAAGAUCCCCUACACGUACUCGGUCUUUUUCCAGGAAGAAAACAACGUCGAAUGGUCGAACCGGUGGGACCUUUACUUCAGCAACCAGGAGGAAGGCUCCAUGACGCACUGGCUAGCCAUUCUAAAUUCAUUGACCAUCUCCGGCGUGCUCGGGGUGACGGUGCUCGUGAUCUGGAGCCGGACGGUGCAGGGCGACAUCAAGGGUCGCGGCGACGGCGCGAUGGAAGACGGAAAGCUGAAGCGGUCAUCAAGGACCAAGUUGCCGAACAAGGAAGGCCUCCUCGACCAGAGCGCCGCCGAUGUCGAGCGCGACGGCGAUCUGUCGUCUGACGACGAGGCGGGCGAGGACAUGACCGGCUGGAAGUUGCUGCAUGGCGACGUGUUCCGCGUGCCGGCGUACAGCGGCCUACUUGCGCCGCUCGUCGGCUCCGGCAUGCAACUCCUGUUCAUGGCUGCGGGUCUCUUGCUGCUUAGCUGUCUGGGGGUGUUGAACCCGAGCUUCCGGGGCGGCUUCGUCAGCGUCGGCAUGGGUCUCUUCGUCUUUGCCGGGUUGUUUUCCGGAUAUUUCUCGGGCAGGCUAUACAAGACCUUUGGAGGAGUGAACUGGCGCAAGAAUACCAUCAUUACUGCUCUGUUCUUCCCCGGCCUGACCUUCUGUCUCGUCUUCAUUCUGAAUCUCUUCGUGUGGGCCCAGGCGUCGAGCACGGCCAUCCCGUUCGGUACCCUGGUCGGUCUCCUCGCGCUGUGGCUGCUGAUCCAGGUGCCCCUGGUGUAUGUCGGCAGCUGGUUUGGCUUUGUGCGUGCCACGGCGUGGGAGCACCCGACCAAGACAAACUCGAUCCCUCGCCAGAUCCCGCCGCAACCGUGGUAUCUGCGCGAUACGUACGGCGCCGUGCUGACCGGGCUGGUGCCUUUCGCCGUGCUCUUCAUCGAACUGCUCUUCGUCUUCAAGAACUUGUGGCAGGACAAGAGUGGCUACUACUAUGUCUUUGGCUUCCUGAGUGUCGUCUGCACCAUUCUGAUCGUCACCGUCAGCGAAGUCACCAUCAUUGCAACAUACAGUCAGCUCUGUGCCGAGAAUUACCAUUGGUGGUGGCACAGCUUCCUGACCGGCGGCAGCAGCGCGUUCUGGGUGUUUGCGUAUUGCAUCUGGUACCACUUCUUCAAGCUGCACGUCACCGGGUUCGUGUCGAGUCUAUUCUUCUUCAGCUACAGCUUCCUUGCCUGCGCGGUCUACGGACUGUUGACGGGCACGGUGGGGUUCCUGACUGCCUACGCGUUUGUGCGACGCAUGUAUAGGUAUGUAGACCUGAAGAAACCUUACCCACCUACCUACCUCCCUUUUCUGGCCCUUGAGCCCUUGCUAACUUCCACAGUGCGGUCAAAGUGGACUGAUGUAGACUGA